UUUACUCGUACGGACAAACGCUGCCUCUAAAUCGACGACAAAAGGUGUUCCCGAACGGAACGUUGAUUGUGGAACAAACUCAACGGAGCGAGGAUGCGGGUACAUACACUUGUCAAGCAACGAAUAGGCAGCGUCAUGUGGCCAGGAGGGAAGUCGAAGUUCAGAUUUUGGUGCAGCCAAAGAUACUGCCCAUCCAGCCUCUAACGAAUUUAUUGAGGGAGGGUAUGAGGGCUGCGAUCUCCUGUCAAAUACUGGAGGGUGAUUUACCGAUUGCUUUUCGAUGGGAGAAGAAUGGGCAGCCCGUGACGUCAUCGCCAUACGCUCCAAGCGGCAUCAUGACGAGGAGGAUGGACGAGUAUAGCGCUUCGUUGGUGAUUGAGCAUAUUACGUCGUUGCAUAGUGGGAACUAUACUUGUAUAGCUUCGAACGUGGCUGGAUCUGAACGCUUCACAGUUCCACUAACUGUUAAUGUUCCACCUCGCUGGCGUUUGGAACCGGGUGACAUGGCCGUGGCAGCUGGCCAGGACGUAAUUCUGCAAUGCCAAGCUGAUGGCUAUCCAAAACCAACUAUCACCUGGAAGAAAGCAGUUGGUAAUACGCCCGGGGAAUACAAAGACUUCAUGUUCGAUGGAAACUCGCGUGUUCUGGACAACGGGUCUCUGAUUUUUGAAAGAGUGGCCAAGGACAGCGAAGGGCAUUACUUGUGUGAAGCAAGAAAUGGUAUCGGAGCCGGUCUCAGCAAGCUUAUCUUCUUGAAAGUUAACGCACCAGCUCGUUUUCCAAUGAAAAGCAAAACAGUGCAAGUGACGGCAGGUGAGGCAGCGCACCUGCAAUGUGCUGCCUCUGGCGAUGCGCCUCUUGAAGUCACCUGGAGAAGCCCUCAUCAUCACACCAUCGCCCAUCAUUUAGAUCAGAGAUACACUAUCCGUGAACAAGUUCUGGAUGACGGCCUGGUGUCUGAACUCAGUAUAUUGCAGACCUACAGACAAGACACGGGAGCUCUCACCUGCCGAGCUUCCAACGCGUACGGACAGGACGAAAUGCUAAUACACUUGGUAGUACAAGAGGUUCCCGAGAUGCCAAAAAAUAUAAGAAUUAUCGAUCAACAAUCGAGAACGAUUCAGAUAUCAUGGACUCAGCCUUAUGCAGGCAACAGUCCCAUCAUCAACUACAUCGUCCAAUACAAAGAAGCGCCAGAGCCGUGGCCGGCAACACCCCAAAAGGUGAUAGUUCCCGGAAGUGGUACGUCUGCGAACGUACAGAACUUGCAACCAGCCACGUCGUACCAUUUGAGAAUCAUUGCAGAGAACCGCUUGGGACAGAGUGAGCCGAGCCAACUAGUACAAGUCACUACAACUGAAGAAGUUCCAAGUGGACCGCCUCAGGAAGUUCGAGUGGAAGCAAAAAGCUCAACAGAACUGAUCGUGUCCUGGGAUCCACCGAUAAAAGACCUGUGGAAUGGAAAUAUUCUCGGCUACUACGUCGGAUUCCAAGAAUUGAACAACAACAGCAGUAUGCUAAGCGCAAAUGGGCCUGGUGGUGCCUCGUACACAGUUCGCACCGUGGAGGGGUCUGGUAUGGCUCGUGCUCGGACCACGCUCUCCGGUCUCCAGAAACACACUCCUUAUGCUGUUGUUGUCCAGGCGUACAAUAGCAGAGGAGCUGGCCCUGCUUCACCGCCCAGUACUGCUACUACAAAUGAAGAUGUGCCCAGUUUACCGCCGGGUAUUCUCCAAUGCACGGCACUCAGUUCUCAGUCAGUGCGAGUGGCCUGGGAACCUCCUCCCGUCAGAGGACGCAAUGGAGUGCUACAGGGGUAUAGAGUGACUUACGCACCGGUCACUGACUGGUAUGGAAGUGAAGAAUCAGUAACAAAGCAGAUAUCGGGGCUCCACACGACGCUCUCGGGUCUUCGGCGGUACACCAACUAUUCAGUCACGGUCUGCGCCUUCACUGCUGCAGGCGACGGAGUGAGGGCCGCUCCGGUCUACUGCCACACCGAGGAAGAUGUGCCGUCGGCUCCAGCUGAUAUAAAGGCCGCGGUAUCAUCACGAAACAAGAUAUUGGUGUCAUGGCUGCCACCGUCUUCGCCUAAUGGAGUGCUCGUAGGUUACACCCUGUACAUGAGCGUCAUCGAAGAUGGGAGGGAGGAGGGAACCCACAAACGUAUGCUGUCUCCCAGUACGUUAAACCAUGAGACGUCGCGUUCUCCAGUUCGCGCGACCCACCAGUUCUGGGUGUCUGCGUCAACGCGACUGGGGGAGGGAGACCCGACGCGAGUUGUUACUGUACUGCCUUCUGAUAGUGUACCAGCACGAAUUACCUCCUUCAGUCGCAAUAUAGUGACACCAUGGAAGGAGAACAUAUCGUUGUCCUGUAAUAAAGUUGGAGUUCCGGUACCCACAACCACUUGGAGUAUGAAUGGAGUAUUACUCGAGUCUACGCUCAGGAAGAACGUAACCAACGAUGGCACUCUCAUAAUAAGUAUGACGCAAUACGCCGACAGCGGUAAUUACACAUGUCUAGUAGAAAACCAACAUGGCCACGACGAGGUAUCGUAUAUCGUGGAAGUUAAAGUGCCGCCUCAACCUCCUAUACUUGCCGUUGUCGACUCUUAUGCUGACUCCUUGCAUCUGCAGUGGAGUGACCAGGGAGAUGGCGGCAGCCCUAUUUUAGGUUAUGUUAUAAAUUACAAACGGGAGCAUGGAGAUUGGGAGGAGCUGCAGGUAGAAGCAGGGACGUCUGAACACGUGCUGCCAAACCUCUGGUGCGGCACUAGAUACCAACUAUACAUCACUGCUUUCAACCGCAUUGGCACAGGAUUACCUUGCGACAUCGUUCACGCCUAUACUAAGGGCACUGUUCCAGUAAAACCAAAGCAUUCCCAGAUGAUAACUCUGAACACAACGACAGUGACCGUGUGGCUUGACUCGUGGGGUGACGGUGGGUGUGGAAUUCUGUACUUCGUCAUCGAGUACAGAGAAAUAAGUCAAUCUCAGUGGCGGUUAGUGUCAAAUAGUGUUCAAGCGACGGAGCGUGUGUUCAGUGUGACCGGUCUGUCGGCCGGCACGCACUACCAGCUGAGGAUCACGGCUCACAACAACGCCGGCCAUGCUGUCGCCUUGUACAACUUUACCACACAUUCUAUUAGCGUUCUGGAAGGUGAGAUAUCUCCAGCCGUACCAGCGGCUGGAUCCCGUUCUCUGGGAGGAGCUCGCGUCAUCUUGCCAGCAGCUUUGUCACUGCUGGUAUUGGCUGCUCUCAUAGCGAUCGUGCUACUCGUCAGGAGAAACAUUCCUCGUGCAACAGAAACGAGUGGGACAGAGACAGCGACCACAGAAGCGGGCGUCGGAGAGUCGCCGUCAGUGGCACAGCUUCAGAACAAAGUGAACAGAGACCAGCAGUACCUGGCAGCUCGAGCACACCAUCCUAACCCACCGCAUCACUAUAAACAUGCGUCUAAUGAGUACAUAGAAGACAUCUGUCCCUACGCUACAUUCCAGCUGACAAAGCCAAGUGCUUACAGUGAGAGCAGCUAUAGUGGCAAUGUGUACAGCGGACCAUAUCACUCAGUGCGCGGUUCAUUCGUGUAUCACGAUCUGAAGCAGAACGACAAAUAUAAGGGUAAAGAACCAGAAUACACAAAAGUAAGAAGAAAAGGAAAUAGACUUAGGGACCCGCAUUCCGAGAGCCAAGAGUCGGACAACUUGGGCUCCACGGAUUCGGAGGUGAAGAAGAUAUUAACGCUACACCUGCCUAUUACAGAGUACGAAGAUGACGCCAGUGACGAUGCGAGCGCGCCGCAUUCGGACAGCGAGUCCGCCGCCCGACUGAGACCUACACAUCCACCUAACUGUUGUUUAUUGACUUCAGACCCGAGUGUAGAGCGUGAGGAGUCGUCUUCAUCAUCAGAAAAUUCUGGUGGCGGCAUCGUGAGAAAGGCGUUCCCGUCCCGGAAGGGCAAGGCGGGAGCAAUCGGCAAGAGACAUGUGCGCUCCUCUAGUGGAUAUAGCAGCCAUAACGAUGAAACUACAUUCAGUAUAUCUAAUUACCCAUAUAACGACCACAUCCAUCCCCCCUCUCGUUUCUCCGACGACACUGAGUGCGAGGGACACCAUCGUCGCAAGAGAGGUCACAUGGCACACACCCAGGUCACCACGCACGGCAGCGAUUCCAAGGUAUCGCGGGAAGCUUUUCAAAUUAACGUCUAAUUAAACCCUUAAAUACAAUCGGAAUGUACUUUUGAUGCUGUACGUUUUCGUACUCAUGCCUUUUAUCAAAAAAAUACUCGACUUAACUAAAAAGUUACAGAUUAAUUCUUUGUUGAACAGGCAUUUUGACGUCUAAUACUUAAUGUGAUUAUUAUUAAAAAUUUAAAUCCACAAUUUGUUAAAAAGGCCUAUUUCUAAUAACAGCAAGGUUCGUAUCACCAUCAGUUACGCGCAGUUAAAUAAACUACAAUGUUGCCAAAUAGCAGAUAUUAGUUGUAUAUAUAAUUGUAGAUAGAUAGAUAUAGCUAAUUAAUUAUUAGUGCCACAAAAUGUACCUACUCAUUGAAUUAAAGAGUACCUAUAUGAAUAAAUUAUUAUUAACUGUAUUAAUAUAAUUUAUUCGUACUUAAUAUGCUGUGUCUAUCUAUGGCUACCAAGCCAAAGGACACUGUAAAUAUUGUUGUAAUAAAUGUGUUAACGGUUAUCGAUAUGUAACUAAGAAGAACAAUAAUUAAAAUAAAAAAAAUAUAUUUUAAACUUAAUGCCUUAUUGACCAAUGUCUUAAAACUUAGUUACGGAUAUAAUGGGAAAGUUAUCAAUAUAAAAUAAUAAUUGUUUGAUUGUUGUAAAGUUUAUGGUAACAUCGUUUAAUCUAUCUGUCUUUACUUAACUACGAACAUUGCAGUCUUAAUUCAAAAUCCAAGACGUUUUGACAUGUUUUUAAUUAUAUGUUGAAUUUAAAUUGCCAUGAAAAGACGAUAAUUUUUUUCAAAGACUACCUAUGGCAGCAUGUGGACAAAGAAAAGAUACUUAUGCAAGAAAUUAAACUUCUUUGACGAAAAUAAAAAAUAACGCGUUAAAGAAAUUUGACAUUAAAAUACUGGUGUAUUAAUAAAAACUGGAAAAUAAAUUUAUUACAAUAGAUAUUUAGGAUUCGAAGUAUAAAAUCACUAGAAACCAUAGCGUAAGUAUUCCUACGAAACAAAAGCAACCAGGAAAUUAAAUAUAAUUUGUCAGCUUCGGACGAAUUUGAUCGUUUUUAUUUUUAACUCGUGAAAUUAUAAUCGUUUCGAGAAUUAAACUUCAAUAUUAUUAUAUAUUGUGUUUGGUAUGCGCAACUUCCGAAGUUUGGUUUAUUUAAUCAUUUUAUCUUUACCUACCUAUAAUACUUUUCUAUAUUGUCAGAGAAAUAAGACAGAAACCACUAGGUAUUAGUAGUAACAUCAUCACUAAUUAUGUCUUUAUGUAUUUUAGAAUAAUUUGGAUGAUGUAGGUAUAAAUCGAUUAUCGAUUUCAAAUAAUUUCUAAAACCAAAGUUUUUUUUUGCUUCAAUACACAUGUGUUUUAUCGGAGUUUACUUAAGUUACUUAUUAUCUUAUUUAUAACCCUUAGGUACUAAAAAAACUUAUGUUAACUAUCAGUAGAUCAAUUGCUUUUGCACUUGUUUGUAAACAGGUAAUUAUAUUAUAUUAAUAUACAUUUAUAUUGCCAUGUACCUAAGUUAUUAAUCAAAUUUAGAACGCUUACUAAAAUCCUUACGAUGUAUUAAAUAGUAAUGAAAACACUGUUCAAUCGACGUAAGGAUCAUCUAGAUAAAACCUAUUGUAAUAUUUCUUGGUUAAUGAUUUGUUAAUAAUACUAUACCGACAUACAAUCAAAACUAGAAUAGGAGCCACUAGUUUGACCCUUUGCAUUGUAUUCGAAAAUAUAGUAAACACUUACCUACCAGGGAGAGGUUUCUUUGCAGAGGAUGUACUAUAGGUAGUGCAACGGCGCUUUUUUUUUUCAAGAAAAGUAUACAAACACUGAUUAUUUCGGUUUGAAGUUUCCACCUCGUACCUACUUAGUUAGUUUUCAGUAUUCACAUAAAAAAAGAGUAAAGACGCCAAACGCCACGCAAUUCUGAGAGCAAAUAUAUUUUUCUUUUUCAUUUAAUACUGCGAGAUACGCUCCUAUUCUAUUUUGAUCACUAAUCGCUUUAGUAUAUAACUGGAACAAUCCUCAGUGAAUAGGAACACGAGACAAUACACUAAUCUGUAGUUUUUGGUAAAUGCGGCAGAAAGUUGGUGUAGGUACCUCUAUUUAAUUGAAUGUAAUGAGUAGAAAUAGUUUACGAAUGUUGGUAAAAUUGUACUGUACCUCAAUUAUUUAUUUGGUUUCAUUCAUUUACUGUAAUUUCAACACCUUGUUAGCAGAAAUGGUAAAAUUAUUGUGAGAACUUGAUGUAAGCAUGCCGCCAUCUUGAAUUUUAUGUCGCGUCGUUUCAUAAUGGUGACGCUACAGGAAAUGUUAUUAAUAUCUACAGAUAUAUUAAUAUAGUGCGUGGAUUACAAUUUGUAUUGAGUUUGUAGCUUAAUUACCUCUACAUAUUCACUUUACCCAUUUUAUUAAGAGUGUAGAAUUUCGUUAAAUUCAAGUGGAUUUUUAUCAUUAAAAAAAUUUGAAUGUGAAACGAAAUAGUAAACAAAAAGCAGCCAAAUCGGGCCAAUAUUACUAUUUAGUUUAUUCCUUAUUCAUGAAAUUUGUAAUCACUCUCUAAAAUAAAUAAGUUUAAUCCUUAUUGCGACUAUUUCUCUGAUUUGGCAAAAAGAUUGAAAUUGGUUUGUAUUUUUGGGUGGGGUUUGUAAUUUUUCAACCCUAGUGGUAUUCGAAUAUAGAAAAAUAAAUACAAUAUUACCAUUUCUGUUCUCUUUAUUAUUCCAAUAAAGACUGUCUUAUGUAUAAUUAAAAUAUAUUUUAUAUACCUAACUAGGCACAAAUACCUUUUGCUAAAGCGAACUUAUACAUUGUGUAGUGUUUAGUAAAAUUUAGUUUAAUUUUAGACACCUAUGUUAAAUAAAAACAGCUUAUAUUAAAUUAAAACUGAAGUUAGUUAUGAUGCGAAUUUCCAGGACUCAAAUCGGUUAUUUUUUCAUAAAAUAAUUAAAUAAUCACUACAAAAAAUACAAUUAACAGCAAAAAUUAUAUUAUGACAUUUUUUUAUAUCAAUAAAUAGCAACGGUCGAGGUCUAUUUUAUGAACGUAGUGGUUAUGUCUAUGGUUUUGCUGCAGACAAAAAGCUGUUCAAACAAAGAGUGAGUUACCAUAGCGAAAUAAACAUUUUGUCAUGACUGAAAGCGAAAUUACUAAUUUGAGUCCGAAGUCUACUUUUUUUUCACACAUAUUUUCGAUGUCUAGGUGAUGGCAACAUCGAAUUUGCAUAGGUUUACGGAGCUCCAAACUGCCAAAUAUUUCUAGUAAUAUUCAAGAGCAAAAAUGUUUUUUACUAUAACGCAAUCUCCAAUAGUAUCCCUAGCAUAACACAUUGAAAUAUUCAUAAAACAUGAUAUCAUUUUAUAUCUAAGUAAAUGUUAAACCAGGCGAUUGAAAGAUAUAGAUGUGCUUGCGGUUUACGGACGGCACACUGGAUUUAUUUAAAUUGACGAAUUGGUCGAAUCGUCAAAGAUUGUAUCCAUUAUUUUCAAAGCUUGUCAAAUUCGUUCGCGACACUCCAGCUGCGGAGAAGGAAAAGAAAAUACAAUACGCAUCGGCGGCGGCGGGAGAGAAAUUCUUUUUUUAGAGUUUAGGUAUUUUUUGCAAUCUGCUAGUGCACGUAAUUUGAAGUUCUCAUUUAACUGACCUUACGUCUACUGAAUAAACUGGAUCGCACAUCCUUUUUGCCAUAAAAUGUUAAAUAGAUAAGUAUAUGGAGCACCUUUAUUAUUCUGUAAAAGUUCAUUAUUCAACAACUUGCACUUAGACAAUUUAUACGUCAAGAGAGACUGUAACAGCUGUGAACACGUCAAAAAAUAUAGCAGCGAACAACAGUAAACAGUCCUCUAUUUUCAGCAAUGGGCACACACUAAAAGUAACAUACACAUCAUACCUAUAUAGGUAUAUAAUAUAUACGCAUAAUAGUAUAAGACGUAGCUGUCAUGCUAAAGUAACAAACCUGGCCUGUUGUUAUGCGUUUCCUAACAGCAAGGGGCGUAUCAAUUAUCUAAGACCAGUGCAUUUUGUAACUACUAAGUUUUAAUUAGUUUAAUACACAGAUAAUACUGUACUAAUAUUUAUCUGUGUACUAUUUAAUCAUAAGUGGUCAGUACCAAACUUGCUCGCUAGAUGGCAUUUAUUUCAAAACAUUUUAUUACCCGCCCCCGCAGUUCACGGGUGUCUCCAACGAAAUUAAAUUAAACAUACCUUCAUCACCAUGACAUCACGUUAGUACUUAUGUGUAUACAACGAAAGUCGCUCGAACUUCCGACACGAUGGCACAUGUAUCCAUCAUUUCUAGUCAAUGUACCAUAUCAUUUUAGUAUUUUGUUAUAUACUCGUAUUUUGUAAGGUAGUCAAUCAUGUUGUUACAUAUAUGUUUUUAUAACAAAUGAGUUGAUAGACAGUACGAUGUGAACGAAAAUAAAAACAUUUAAAUUU